GUUUCCGCUGGAGCCGAGCUCAGCCUCCUCCCUGCAGUCACCCAGCAAACAUGGCCACGUCCCCCCAAAAGUCUCCCUCCACCCCGAAAUCCCCGACCCCCAAGUCACCCCCGUCCAGGAAGAAGGACGACUCCUUCCUGGGGAAACUCGGAGGAACUCUGGCCCGAAGGAAGAAAGCCAAGGAAGUAUCAGAUCUCCAAGAAGAAGGCAUCAAUGCCAUCAACCUGCCCCUUAAUCCGAUUCCUUAUGAAUUGGACCCUGAGGACACCAUGCUGGAGGAGAAUGAAGUUAGAACCAUGAUUGACCCCUACUCCAGAAGUGACCCCCGACUACAGGAACUCAUGAAGGUUCUAAUUGACUGGAUUAAUGACGUGCUGGUGGGAGAGCGAAUUAUCGUCAAGGACCUUGCGGAGGAUCUCUAUGACGGGCAGGUUCUGCAGAAACUUUUUGAGAAGCUGGAAGGAGAAAAGCUGAACGUGGCUGAAGUCACACAGUCCGAAAUCGCCCAGAAGCAGAAACUGCAAACAGUCUUGGAGAAGAUCAACGAGACCCUGAAACUCGCCCCAAGAAGCAUUAAAUGGAAUGUAGACUCUGUUCAUGCCAAAUCCGUAGUCGCCAUUCUCCAUCUUUUGGUUGCCUUAUCUCAGUAUUUCCGGGCCCCUAUCAGGCUUCCUGACCAUGUGUCCAUACAAGUGGUAGUUGUACAGAAGCUGGAUGGAAUGCUGCAGUCUCGCCAGAUCCAAGAGGAAAUCACCGGUGACACCGAGGCCUUAUCAGGAAGACAUGAGAGAGAUGCUUUUGAUACGCUCUUUGACCACGCGCCAGAUAAACUUAAUGUUGUAAAAAAGACUUUGAUAACUUUUGUGAAUAAACACCUCAAUAAACUAAACCUGGAAGUGACGGAGCUGGAGACACAGUUUGCAGAUGGCGUCUAUCUCGUACUCCUGAUGGGCCUUUUGGAAGGAUAUUUUGUGCCCCUCUACAACUUCUUCCUCACUCCAGACUGCUUUGACCAAAAGGUCCUAAAUGUGUCUUUUUCCUUUGAGCUCAUGCAAGAUGGCGGCCUAGAGAAGCCAAAGCCAAGGCCAGAAGACAUAGUGAACUGCGACCUGAAGUCCACCCUCAGAGUCCUCUACAACCUGUUCACCAAAUAUCGUAGUGUGGAAUAAGCUCCGCAAUGAGGAGGAAAAUCCGGAAAUAAGCCCAAAAAGCUUCACUAACAUUCACUAGCUCAAUUUCAUGCUGAGAAAAAGGGAACCUUUUAUAUAUUUUUAUUAUAUUUGGGACUGUCUAGUACUGGGUUUAUCUAAAAUCCCAGCUGGGACCACAGUCCUGGUAAUGGGGGAGUGAUAAUAACCCCCUUUAUAGUCAUUAGCCCUCAUGGACAGGACAGGUACAUUAACCACGGAGUGACCUUCCACGUGUAUUAAGUAGAUGGCGCUUUCCACCUCUGUUUUUAUACUGCCACUUUGUUUCUGGACUCCGCCCACCAUUUAAAGGGCAGUUCCAUCCUAAUUCCUUUUUCUCUCCAAUGUCUUAAAAAUUCUGCUCAGCUGUUUCCUAGUUUUACUUGUGCCUAGGAAAAUUGGCUGACAACCAAUAUAUAUGCUAGUAUGGGAGUUGUCAGUCAGCCUUUCCAGGCACCUGGUAAAUAUUUGCCUAGUCGCUCUUAUGGCUUCAUAACUAAUCAGUUUAGGAGUCUUAGCCAUGUGGGUGACAACCCUUGUGAGAGCAGUUUCUGUACCCAUACGGGAUGUCAGACAGUUUUCCUAGGCACAUAUGUAACUGAUAGGACAAAUCACAUUUUUAACUGGGGAAUUUUCUUUCAUGCCUUUUAUUGCUACGCGUUUUGGUGCUAGACACGUCUCUCUUGUAUAGUGAUAAAGAGUAUAAUGAACCAGAAGCAGCAAAGAAGGUUCCUUGUGUUUUAUAUUCUGUAUCUACACCCCCCUCUAAGAUGCACAGCGCCAUAGGUUUAACAGUGCUGUCAAAUAAAUGAUUACUACGCAUUUUGGGGCUUAACCAAGAAUAAGAAAGGCAACCUGCAAUAUGACGCCCUAGGAAUAGUAGCGAAGAUCUCGAUAUUCCUAUGACUUUUCAGGUAGACUUGCAGUUUUAUCAGUCAAGAGUAUAAACUUAGAUGCUAUGAUAAGAACCUAGAAGAAGGAGUGGAGGUUAGUUCAAUGCAACGCAUUUUGAGGCUGAACCAGUAUAAAUUUAGAUGCUGCAAAGAGUAUGUGACCCAGGUGUAGCAGCAAAGGUUCCUAAGGGUGGGUUCACCCGGCGCCGCAGCCUUAUCUCAGCUUCUCCUAAUCCAGUGACGUCACAUUCAUCAGUCAUGUGGCCUAGAUGCGGCUCAGCCCUAUAGAAGUGAAUGAGGCUGAACGCAAUACCAAGCACAGCCACUAUACAAUGUACGGCGCUGUGCUCGGUGAGCUGUGAGAACCGGUGCCUUCUGAAACUGCUGGUCAGCGGAGGUCCUGAGUGUUGGACCCCACUGCUCACAUACUGAUGACCUAUCCUGAGGACAGGUCAUCAGUAUUAAAAUCUCUGAAAACUCUUUUAAUCUAUAGUAUAAUCUACAUUUGUGUCUGAAGAGCUUUGCCCAGCCCUGAAACGCGUAGUAACUUCUUCUUGUAAGAUCUAAAUUUAUACUCUUGUCUAAUAAAGAAGCAAGUCUGGCUCCAAAACGCGUGGCAGUAAAAAGGUUCAUUACAUUGGGGUCUUCGUACUUAUAUUAUAUGAUGGGUGCCAAACUAUUUCUGAGGCUCCUUGUCCUCUGUUCCUCAGGUGCACAUUCGUCCAGGUCAGGCAUGCUCAAACUGCGGCUUUCCAGCUGUUGUAAAACUACAACUCCCACAAUGCCCUGCUGUAGGCUGUUCGGGCAUGCUGGGAGUUGUAGUUUUGCAACAGCUGGAUGGCCGCAGGUUGAGCAUGCCUGGUCUAGGUUCCAUAAUAAUCUGGUCAACCACCGUUGAACCCUUCGAGGCUCUUCGGCAUUUUCUUUAGGAUGUAAAGCCCAACACCAAAUCCCAUAUUCAAGAAGGAUUUCUAGAGGGGUAAGGCUGGGGCGACACUGGUCGCGGCCAGGAUCACUGGAAUCCCAACUAAUGGGAUCCUAGCGGUAGUUGCAAAAAAAAUCCAACACGGCUUGAGUUCUUGCGACUGCCAUGGCCAUCUCAUUAAUUUCUAUGGGAUCGCCUUUGCUCAGCGAUCCUGGCGGCGACCAGUGUCGUCGUGUAGCCCCAGCCUAGUACUACAUUGGGAUCAUAGUAGUAACUUCAUGUUAUUUUCGGGUUCAGCUACCUGUAAAUUAUUAACAAAUUUUGGCACUGCUCAUAAUGACAUCCCCUUCCCCCCAAAUAAAACCACUCCGUAUUCAAACCGUGCAGUAUACUACGGCAUGUAACACGUGAGUACAAGGAGGAAGAUGACCGCAAAGCGAGACCAAUAAACUAAAUGGAUGCAUUAAUGGACCGCUUAUAAAAAAAAAAAAAAUUAACGAUUGUAUUAAAUAUAUUAUGUCGCUCACGCGGCGUCUGACUGCGUUAAUUUACAUGAUCCUGGUCUUGACUCAUUUAAUGCAUAAUUUAUGGUUUUUGCAAAAUCCUGCUAAUGAAUAACUGCUGCAGGUCUGUAAUUUACCUGCUGUGAAAAUGAAGAGGUUGAAAUAUAUAUACGAGGAGUGCUCGGUGUGCCGCUAAUCUGCCGCCGAUCCUCAACACUCGGGCCAUUGUGCCAGGUGUUUCCUUCUUAAAUCAAGGCAGUAUAAUAUCAUGGCGGUCCCCCGCAGCAUCUACAACUGGAUUAAUUGUAAGUCAUAGUCCCACACGAAGCGGCGCUAUAUUUACACUGUGUGCGGGGAAUGUCGGUCACAUACCAUUUCAA